AUGUAUGAAAAAACUAUACCAGGUGCUUAUUUUUACAAUUUUAUGGUAUAUACAAUAAUUUUAACACAAAACUACCCAAAGAAAGAAGUUGUAUUGUUUGUUUUUAAAAGACUAAAUAGUAAAGAAAUAGAGAUUUGA